AUGUUCGGAAUCUUCGCGGACGUCCUGUCCUCGGUCAUCACGAUCUUCUUCCCCGUCUUCGCUUCGUUCAAAGCCCUCCGUUCCUCCGACCCCUCCCAGCUAGCACCAUGGCUCAUGUACUGGGUGGUCCUCUCGAUCAUCAUUUGGGCGGAAUCGUGGACCUACUUUAUCAUCGGCUGGUUCCCAUUCUAUAGCUGGAUUCGACUCUUCUUCCUUUCUUAUCUCGUUCUUCCCCAGACGCAAGGGGCUCGCCUACUGUACCAAGAUUACGUCGAUCCAUUUCUGGCCCACCAUGAGAGAGAGAUCGAGGAGUUUAUCGGCCAGACCCAUGAGCGCCUCAAGGCCAUGGGUCUGCAAUACUUCUGGCAAGCUAUCGAUUUGAUUCGAGAGAAAGUCCUGGGGCUGCCCCCACAGCGUCCCGAAACCCCUCCCCAACAAGGUGCCUCCUCGUAUGCGCAAUCGCUCCUCUCGCGCUUCAACCUCCCCGCCGCCGGAGCCGCGGCGGCCUCUAACGAUUGGUACUCCGUUCUCAGCUCCGCUGUGGGCGCUGCGACGUCUACUGGAAGAUCCCGCCAAGCCCAAGACGAGCACCUGUCGGCCAGUGGUACUCUCCUUCAGCGCCAGAUGCAGUCUAUGUCCGGUGCCGAAAAGGCGCACUUUAUUUCCUCUCAGCAGCACCCCCGGGAGCAUGAGAAUGACGACCUGGCCUACGGCAUACCGCUACGAAAGAACCGAAGCGAGAACUCCUUCGAGGUCGUCGACGACGAAGACCUGGGCCGUCGCCCGGACCGCAAAACUAGCGGCGGAUGGUCUACAGGCUGGUUUAGCAAUGAGCAGGAUUCGUCUGGGUCGUCUGGCACGGACUUCGCGGCCCGCGCCAUUGACGAGAUUGCCCGGUCGCGCGCCACCGGGUAUGAUCGAUCUGGAGAGUAG